CGAAAAAUAAAAAAAGUGUAUGUAAUGUAAAAGAAAAAGAAGAAAAAGAAGAAAAAGGUUUGUUUGUUCCUUAUUUGAGGGUUUUACCAAGAUUUUACAAUGCCAACAAUGGCUUCCUUCUUCCUCUUCUUCCCCACUCCCACCAUUACUGGCAGCUCUAAAUCCUCUCCUCUCAUCCCUCUUCACCCCUCUAUCCUUCCUCAAUCUCUCAAUUUUUGCCCCUUCCCUUCCCGCUUUCACUCCCUCCUCACCUCUUCCCAUUUCCUUCCUCUCGCCUCUAUUUCCCCCGACGCUCUUCCCUUUUCCGAUGACCCUCCACAAGAAGACCCGCUUCAUUCUCUGGCCGAAGCCCAACUUGCCGUUUCCGAGUAUCUACAGCGUUUCGGGGUUUUGGAGGACGAAGCUGUCUCCAUUGCCUCCAAUUCUCCUCGUUUCUUGAAGAUGCUUGUUGAUGCAGUUCGGGAAUUGGACGAGACAUCCAUGUGGGAUUCCUGGAGUAAGGAAAGAGGAGAACUUGAUGGUUUUGGGUUUAAGGAAAAGGUAGCUUCGAUGGCUAUGGAGAAAGGUGACUGUGGGAAGGUUGCUUUCUUGGAAAGCGUUGGUAUGAAUCUUUCUUCUGCUAUGAACGUUGCUCGUUACCUCUCUGGGGAGAUGCUUCCAUCUCUCAUUUAUAAGGUAAAAUAUAUGAAGGCACUCUUCUUUUCUGGCAGCGGUGAUGGAAUACUCAUAGGGAAAAAUGCUCGUCGAAUGAUGACGAACUUAUCAAUUCCUCCUGAUGAUGAUGUGCAACAAACUUUAUCCUUUUUUGAGAAGAUUGAAGCCAGGCGUGGAGGCUUAGACAUGUUGAGUUCAAAUGAAGAAUCCUUUGGUCUUUUACUUGAAUCAUUUCCCCGCAUGCUUUUGCUGUCAGUAGAAUCCCAUGUAAAGCCAAUGGUAGAAUUUCUUGAAAAGAUUGGCAUCCCAAAGGAACGCAUGAGAAGCAUAUUUCUGCUAUUUCCACCCGUCAUUUUCUUUGAUACUGAAGUCCUCAAAUCAAGGAUAAUGGCUUUUGAGGAGGUUGGCGUAGAAGUGACAGUAUUUGGUAAAUUGUUACUUAAAUAUCCAUGGAUUACGUCCAAUUGCAUCCACGGCAACCUUAAACAGAUUGUUUCUUUCUUUGAAUCGGAGAAGGUACCAAGUGCCAGCAUUAUUAAUGCAAUCAGCAGCUGGCCGCUGAUUUUAGGAAGCUCAACUAGUAAAUUGGAACUGAUGGUAGACAGGCUUGAUGGGCUAGGUGUUCGAAGCAAGAAGUUGGGUCAGGUGAUAGCCACAAGUCCUCAGAUAUUACUUCUAAAACCUCAAGAAUUUCUUCAGGUUGUUUCAUUUUUGGAAGAGGUAGGGUUCGAUAAAGAAAGUAUUGGCAGGAUAAUUGCUCGUUGUCCAGAAAUAUCUGCAACCAGUGUUGAGAAAACGCUGAAGAGGAAGCUUGAAUUUCUCAUCAAAAUUGGUGUUUCUAAGACUCAUCUACCUCGUGCAAUUAAAAAAUAUCCUGAGCUUCUCGUGUCUGACCCUCACAAAACUUUACACCCACGUAUAAAGUACCUGAGGCAGAGAGGGCUCUCAGAGAGGGAUAUUGCCUCCAUGGUUGUAAGAUUCUCUCCUCUUCUUGGGUAUAGUAUUGAGGAGGUAUUGAGACCCAAGCUAGAUUUCCUUGUCAAUAUCAUGAAGAAGCCAAAAAAGGAAGUGGUCGACUAUCCAAGGUACUUUAGUUAUUCAUUGGAAAAUAAGAUAAUUCCAAGGUUCCGGGCGUUGAAGGGAAUGAAUGUAGAAUGUAGUUUAAAGGAUAUGUUGGGUAAAAAUGAUGAGGAGUUUUCUGUUGCGUUUUUGGGCAACAAAAGAACAGCAGAACAUUGACGUUCACCUAUGUAAAAAUCUGUCUUUAACUCUCUAGUCACAAAGUCGUGUACAUAAACUUGUAUAUUUUUAGAAAGCUAUUUGUAGAUUCUAUUCAGCCAAAUGCUCAUCUUGUGUUAAAGCUGAGCUUUGUAGUCUCCUAAAGUGAGGAGAGAAAAGCAUGGAUUUAGUUGUUUUUUUUUAGUACAACAAAUAUAGGGUGGGGGAUCAAACUUGACCUUGAGGAAAGAUAGAUCAUGUUAAUUACAACUAAUCCUAGCUCACUUUGGCGCAUGGAA